CUCUCUCUCUGCAGAUAUCACUACAGGACAGCCUAUUUAUCAUCUUUGGUGUAUUUUACUCCCAGGCAAUAGACAUGCGUUGCAAGAAUAUUUAUUUUAGAAUGACAUUUUAAAAGCAUUUCAGAAGCCCACGUAUUCAUGCUGUGCAUUUAUCCAGUGUGUUUGCAGAGGGAUGUUGGCAAAAGGGCCGUGCAUGGGGAAAGCAAGACGCCGUGCCGUUGUGACCUUUUUUGGACAUUCACAUUUAACCGGAUACUGGAAAUAAACCUCUGGGCGCCGUUUAUAUGAGCAGCUGUCAACAUACGACGAAUGAAGACCGGGGGUCGUUUUAUUUGUGAAGUGUACGCAUGCAUACGGCAGUGUUGAUUUAAUUCGUUUAAUUUGAAAUCUCUUUGAUUUACGUCGAUAUUGUAUGUUUUUGGCCGUAUUUGUCAUCAUGAGAACGGGUGUGUGAGGGGCGCGCGCAUCUCAACAUGACAGCAAUGUAUAAAAAUGGAAGGAUACCAAGCAGGAAGACCUGUGGCCAUCCAAGGGAAAUUUUGUCAGAGUCAGAUGGCAUGUCUUGAAUAAGAAACAAGCGAAAUGGAGAGCUCACGUUCAAGGAUGGUCCUGAAGAGCUCGCGGCCUCUGCUGGGAUGUUGCGCUCUUCUGCUGGUGGCUGGGAUGCUGCUGGUGUUCAUGGUGAUGUUCAGCACACCUGUGCCUGUGGACCUCCCACCCCACAUGUUCAGAAGAAACCUCAAUCAACAUCCAGCGAGAACACAUUCACUUCCUGCCUUAUCUUCAUCACCAUUAUCUUCCUCAUCUCAGCGCUCGGAAAGAACCAGACGUCCGCCUCACACCUCACCAGGUGCCAAAUCUCCUGGUCGCCAUCACAGUGCCUCCAGCAUAGACCCCACCCCUCCCCUUGGCACCGAGGGGUCGGGUGACUUAGGAGAUGGGGCUCAGGGCAUUCACCUGCUGUUACGGCCACCCGAUCUUCUGACGCCUAGCCAGAUGCCUCCUUUCCGCGACGAAAGACCAGCUACGCCUGCCCCUCCGACCAUUGUGGCACAUGAAGACUUGUAUCCCGUCCACUCUGCGGAGGUAGACUGGGGUUCCGGAGACUAUUUGGAAACUCUUACCUUCAUGGGAUCUGAAGGGGAGGAGCUUUCGCUCGUCACCACCCUCCCCACACACGGAUACGAUCCAUAUGACAGCGACGACGAUGGCGCUGUCAGCUACAACACGGCAUUUCCCUCUCGUCCGGUCCUUCCUCUUUCAUCCAGAGACCUCCAACCCAGCGCGACCGUUAAGUUUGCUGGUAACUUAAGGACGGCCCAUUCCACUAUUCCCCGCCUCCCGUUGGAUCCUGACUCAAUACAUACAAGAUUUACAGACGAUGACUUUGAUUUUGACUGGGCGGAGCUUUAUCCUAUUGAGCCAACCGAGAUGCUGCUUCCAGACAUGAACAGUCUGGAGUAUUACAACACAUUGCAAGCCAAAGAGAAUGCUAGUAUUGCGAGGAAUAAGACGCAUUAUGCCCACCCUCACAUUACGCCCACCCACACCAUUGGACCCACCCACACUCCCACUGCCAUUUUGGAAAAAGGGGCGGAUCAUGUCGACUGGACCUCUCCGCGACCUAGUCCAUCUCUGCCCCAAAAACCCACUAAGCCCACAUCAGCCACUCCCACUGAUACUCAACCACCCCCUGAAGUCCCCUUAACCCCGGAGAAGGAGGUUCCUUAUGUACCCACAUCCCACGUGAGCAGAACUCGGCCACCAGUGCCAACCGCCCAACCUCCACCGGACACCCCAGAGUCUCCGAUAAUACAAGCAGUCACGUUCAAGCCCCCUGCUGCAAAACCUCAUACCACCAAAACUACAGUCAGAACCACAACAGUUAAAACCACGACUACAACCAGACCCACCAGCAUCUCAACCAAAAGUUCACUGCCUACAACUCCCAGAAUUCCACUGUCCAUUGCACCUCGACAGUACUUCUGCAACAUCACCAAACCAGACAUGUAUCUCGUCAGAGUGGGCAUGCCUAGCGGGUCUUCAGUGUCGUUUGCCAAAGCACAUGUGCGAGAGAUUCUCAGACGCGAGUUCAACCGCUCGGUCGAGCUACAGGUCCUCAAACCCCCGCCCAAUUUCAUCUUCCGGACAGUCUCUGGUCCGUUGGUGUACACUGCGGUGUCAGUCAUCAAUUCCCUCCGCCAAUCAGCACACAGCUCCUCCUCUUCUACCAUUCUAUCCGCCACCCCCAUAUACGCAGUGUCCGAUUAUAAACAUCAGGUUCACACAGUGCUGCAGUUUGUACCGAGUCACGUGGACGUGCGUCUCUGUAGCUUCAGCGAGCGUGUGGAGAAAGGGCUGCUCAUGGCGUACGCGGAAGCACGCAAGCGUUCGCAGGAAAAUGGGACUUUCACCGUACAUAUUGUGAAUAUUACCAGUAGCCUUCCUAAGGGUCAGCGUCAGCAAAAAGCACCGGUGGACAUCACCUUUGCUGUGCGUGAUUCCCAGGGUUACCUGACGGGAGCAGAUGUGAGUGCCCACAUGAGGCAGCUCAGCGCGGUGGAGUUCAGCUUCUACCUCGGUUUUCCUACCCUGCAGAUCGCUGAACCUUUUCAUUACCCUGAGCUGAACGUGUCCCACCUGUUACGCUCAUCCUGGGUGAAAACAGUGUUAUUGGGUGUAUUGGACCAGCGUGUGAAUGAAAGAACCUUCCAGGCCAGGAUGGAGAGGCGACUGGCCCUGUUGGUUGGAGAAGGACUUGGAAUAGGGGUUGGUAAUCGACGCUGGAAAAGAGCUACCAGUAUCGGCAACAGCAGUGUACAGAUCGUGCUGACAUCUCGUCUGGAUGGGCCGGACUACCCCCUGGAGCUGGUGUAUUUCGUAGAGGCGGAGCCGGGAGAGAGGCUGCCGGCCCAGGCCACUGCCUCCCUGCUCAACAGACUCAACCUGCAGAGAGCUGCUAUUGCACUGGGUUACCGGGUACAUGGAAUACUGGCCACACCUGUGGAGAAGCUGUCAUUGCCUCCCUCUGAGACGCAGCCCAGUAACGUGUGGCUCAUCGUGGGGGUUGUGUUUCCGGUGCUGGUGGUCAUCCUCAUCAUCAUCAUCCUCUAUUGGAAGCUUUGUCGCUCUGAGAAACUGGAAUUUCAGCCAGACGCUAUGAGCACCAUCCAGCAGAGACAGAAGUUGCAGCCCCCCAGUGUAAAAGGCUUUGAUUUCGCUAAGCUUCAUCUGGGUCAGCACAGUAAGGACUACAUCAUGGUAAUUCAAGAACCCGCCCCUCUCCCGCCUUCGGUUAAAGAGGCCACGCCCUCCGAGGGCGGAGAAUUGAACACACCCAAAUCGAAGAGUUCGUCCACGAAAGCUUCACGUUCUGCUCGGAGGAGAGGGAGAUUGUCUCCGUCUGAUGGCGAUUCAUUAGGAAGUGAAGCAUCCAGUGGAAGAGAAUCAGCGGAGGAGAGCACGAGAGCUGCCGUGACACCGAGUGACAGCAAACCCCAGCAUCGCAAGAGCAAGCAUGCUAAAAACAAACUAGGUGCACAGCCUGGAAGUGGUGCAGACGAGCAAUUGUCCUCCUCCUCCAUAUUUGAGCACGUCGACCGUCUCUCUCGCGGUUCGUCUGAUGGAACGCGCAGGGUAUCUAAUAAGAUCCAGCUUAUCGCCAUGCAGCCCAUGCCGAGCCCGCCCUCUCAUCCGCACAACCAAGCCCUGAGUCCCAGCCUUACAGAGAUGUUGUCUGAUGGGUCAAAGGUCAACAGUGAGAUCCAGGUGGCCUUAAGGCACAAAUCUGAGAUAGAGCACCAUCGCAAUAAGAUCCGCCUGCGUGCCAAGAGAAAGGGUCACUAUGAUUUUCCUUCCAUGGAGGACAUCAUGGCUGCGUUCGGUGACAGCACCGAGCAGCAGCGUGUUUAUCAGCAAGCCCAGGAGCAGAUCCACAAGAUUCUGCAUCCGCAUGAACGCACACCGUCGUCGUGCGGCGAGCCACGCAAGAGGUCAGCAACAAAAAGAUCCCGUCCAAUUAAAAUGGAGUCUUUUCAUGCAAGAGGUCGACGCUCUCCCAGACAAAGGCAGAGACAGAAUUAUAGUGGCAGCGGAAGUCUGAGAGACAAAGAUCGCCUCAUUAGCGAUGGGGACGCCACAUACAGGAAGUACCCCGGGGUCAAUAAUGUGGCAUAUGUGUCUGAUGCAGACCAGCUCCCAGAUGCAGGUAGCCCCUCCCCGACCGAUGAGGUGUUUUUAGACCCCGGAUCUCCGCCUUCUGGCCCCGCCCCUGCCCCGCCCGCCUACGUCCUCCCUCAGCCAACCAUCGAAGAGGCCCGGCAGCAGAUGCACUCCUUAUUGGAUGACGCCUUUGCUCUCGUCUCGCCCUCCUCUCAAGGAAGCCCCGCCCCUUUGACGUUCACCGGCGUCACUGCAGUCGCUGGAGGAAUCAUUCCCGGUCAACCUUCUAGCCCGUCCUCACGCCCUGCACGCCAAUGGGGAUCCUCCUCUUACCCAGCAGCCCCUGCACACAGUCCUUUCUCUGCGAGGUAUGCGGAGUUAGGAAUGUCUCCUACGUCGGUCCAGGGCUUACUGCAGAGGGAGGCGCAAGGCCUGGGCUAUCUGGUGCCGGCAGACAUGCAGUCUGAUCCUGGUUACUCCAGCAGGGGGCAGUAUGGAGAAGAACUCCCAUCAUCUUCUCGGCCUCGACCAGUAGGGGGCAGCACAGGUGCACAGUUGCAUCAGCUAACACAGGUGGGUUUGUCAAGUCGGAUUGGAUUGUAUCCGGGUGUUGGCCGUAGUGUAUCCGGACCCUCCGGAUCGAGUUGGGCCCAGUAUCGCUCAGAUGAUGAGAUCACAAGACCAGGGUCCAACCGGGAGGCUAUAUUGACAUUCCCGGAAUAUUCCUCCUCACCUGUAUUCCAGAUGCCCAGGACAUCACUGCAGGACCCCAGCACACCCCAGACCCACUUGGAAACCCCCAGUCCAGGGUACGUCGCCUCCGAGGAACGGUCUCCACCCCCUCAAUCCUCAGCUUCCCUCAUCAAGGCCAUCAGGGAAGAAUUGCAGAGACUUUCUCAAAAACAGGCCACCGUUGUGGGUUACCACAGUUGAGAAAGACCCCUCAAACCCCGGUCCUGGGUGACUUCCUGUUGCAGCUGUUAGCAUCCCACAUAAAUCCUCACGCAGCUGCUUUUACUCGAACUCUAACCAAAAUUUGACACUUCAAGUACGGCUGGUCUGUUUCACACAAAGGCGUCCUGAUAUCGCCAAGACAUACGUGCAGAAUAUAAACUUCAAUCCAGUUAAAACAACUGUACGACUCCACACAUACAGCUCUCGUUCAGACCCGUUUAGAUGAAAGAUUGACCCGCAUACAGGGCUUUCAAAUUGCAUGCUGGGAGCUGUGACUCUUUAAGACUUCGUGCUGACUGUUGCCGAUGUGAAAAUUCAUCUCGUUCAGUUUCAUGUCCGUCAAAGUGCUUCCUUCAAAUGGGACUCCGGACCUCCUCUGGUGCUAAACAUCAUUUCUGGCCUCCAUCGGGAUGCCACGCAUACGGGAACGGCAAGCUUAUCUUCUUUUGUGGCUGUAUUUUCAGUCUCUUUCCUGUUGUCACUGUUAUCAGUAAUGGCUGACGGAGUGAGAUGGUCUGUGGCACGAGCUCCGGGUAUGGUGUCUCUGCAGAAGGGUUUUGUUGGGACUGAAGUUGCUCUGUGUUAGUGAUCUGGUAGGUUUUGUUAUGGGGCAGAUCAACAACAAGCAUCUCCAGGGAAAAGAUUAGGAUUGCUGUCCCCAUUCUUUCGUCCAUUCUAAUCUAUCUGCUGUGUCUUUUUGUGGAAAUGACUGGCGUGUCGCUUCUCGGUUUACAGAUUUUUAUUUCGCACAUGUUCAACUUUGCACAUUCGUAUCAUGGUGGAAGUCAAUCAGUUUCAGAGUUUAUUGUGGAAAUGAGAGAAACGGUAAUUAUAUAAAAGAUAUUAUAAUACAAAUAUAUAUUGCAUAUCGAUGUAUCGACCCAUUGAGCACAAUCUGUUAGAUUAUAUGUUAAGCAUAUUAGAUUGUAUUUAUUUUUUACUGUUCUGAAAGUAUUAUGUAUUAAAGAUGUUGGAAAAGUGUUGCUAUGGGACAUUUAAAAAAAGACCAAAUCACUGUUGAAGCAUAUAGUUCAUCAGCUUGGUAAUUCAUAUGUAUUUUAAUGUAUAUGGUCAUGUGGAUUUGCAAAGAGCUGUAUGUGCUAUAGGGUUAAAGGCCUUUUCUCUUUUUAUUUUCGUUCAUUUCUUCUAACCUACUUCUUUGUCUUAUGUUUUGGGUUUACCUUUUUAGAUUCGUUUCAUUUUUAAUCUGUUUUUUCCCAUUUUGUUUCCACAAUCACCUGCAAUAUCAGGGAAGUUUGAGUGUAAACCUUCCAGACCUGAACAUGAUUUUAAUCUUUUAAAAGUCCAUAAAAAAAGAGCGAGAUCUCUUUAAAAAGAAGUUUUUACUAUUAUUCUUAUUAAGUAAUCGCAAACAAACUUAAAUGUUCCUUUCUUUUUCUUAUUUUUAAUCUUUUUUAUUUCUUGUAUAAGGUGCCUGGCAGGCCUUAAAUUAGAACGCAUGUGAAGUGAUGGAUUUUGCUUCAUUUCUCCUUUGUUUACUUGUCUUGAUGGGCAUGCUAUUAGUCUUAAAAAAUGAAAAAUGUGACAAACAAGCUUGAUAGAAUUUAGCCUACUAUGAAAGACUACUAUGUAAAGGUUCGUGAGACUCUACACCAAUGGUGAAAGCACAGAGAAACCAUCAAAAUCAUUUUACAGUAUUUAUUUAUAAACCUGAAUAAUAUUUUUUGAAAAUCAAUAUUUAUGAUGAAAAUAUAUCAUGUAGAAAGAGUAUUAAUAUGUGAAUGGACAUUUCUCCAUAUUUAAAUAUUCAAUAUCUAGUCCACUGAUGACCAGUAAGAGGGCGAGUAUCAUUGGUAGACCACCCUUCUCCCACUGUGCAAAGACCAACUGGGAAUUCCUUUGAAAUGUUUUGUCCUGUUUUUGUUUUUAUCCGCAUUUAUGAAUCAUUUGACGAACAUGGUGCUACUCAACACACUCUGUGUGCGUGUGUGACUGCUUGUGGGAUGUUUUGCGUGUAACCAUCAAAACCUUACAGCACUUAACAGGUUUUAAUCACAUUUAUAGCAAUUAUACAACUCUGAGAUUUACCGAAUGAGAGGGUGUGUGUGUGUAUGCAAUAUUAUACCUCAUCUAUGUCAGUGCCAUAGAGGAUGUCAUCAAAAAGUUCAUUUUUACAUUCUAAGUUAUUUUAAAUAUCUGAAAAUGUACGGAUGUUGAAUUAUUGUUGAAAAUAUUGUUUUAUUUCAUUCGGUCUUGUUUAUUUUUCCUCUCUCUCUCUUGGUCUCUGCAAACUGCAUCCCAGUAUUUGAUGUUUAAUGUCUCUAUAUUGUUGUGUAAAUUAAACAAUAAACAACGUGCCGUCGAUUA